AGCAAAACCAACGCCUGGCUCCGAGCUGCAGCCGCUGAGGUGUCCCUGGCCAGUGUUGCUGCCGCCCAUCCACAAACAUGGGGAACAUCUUUGUCAAUCUCUUCAAGGGCCUUUUUGGCAAAAAAGAAAUGCGCAUCCUCAUGGUGGGGCUGGACGCUGCAGGGAAGACGACAAUCCUAUACAAGCUGAAGGUGGGUAAGAUCGUGACCACCAUUCCCACCAUAGGCCUUAACGUGGAGACUGUGGAGUACAAGAACAUCAGCUUCACUGUGUGGGACGUGGGCGGCCAGGACAAGAUCCGGCCUCUGUGGCACCGCUAUUUCCAGAACACACAAGGCCUGAUCUUCGUGGUGGACAGCAAUGACCGAGAGUGUGUGAACAAGGCCCGUGAGGAGCUCAUGCGGAUGCUGGCUGAGGAUGAGCUCAGGGAUGCAGUUCUCUUAGUGUUUGCCAACAAGCAGGACCUGCCCAACGCCAUGAAUGCAGCCGAGAUCAUAGACAAGCUGGGGCUUCACUCUCUUCGCCACAGGAACUGGUACAUUCAGGCCACCUGUGCCACCAGUGGGGAUGGGCUCUAUGAAGGACUAGAGUGGCUGUCCAAUCAGCUCCAGAACCAGAAGUGAA